AUGGUACGAAACGAGACAAUCCCGAAUUUCAGGUUCGCCGGGGGAUACGCAAAGCCAUGGGAUUCUGGCCAGAGAGAAAAGGACUACUACGGGUAUCCCGAAGAGGAGGACGAAGUGCCCAGAAAGAGGGUGCGAAUCCGGGUCCCGGUUGUCCGAAACACCCUGGGGAAGCAGCACAAGUUCACGGUUGUCAGGAGGAGACCUUUGGUGCCUUACACGAAGAGCUACUCUCCUCAGGAGAGUCAGACUCCCUCGCCACGAAGAGUGGUGGUGACCAGGGUGAGGACCCUAGGACCUGCGAGUGCCCUGCAGACGGUGGAGGCCCCAGACCUUGGGGGCCCCUCUGCGGCCGAUGGACGGCACAAGGUAACGGUGACCAGAAGAAGAAAACUGGGACCCACCACUGUUGAUUCCGCGUUUAAUAAACCUAGAGUUACCAGGAAGAAGUUGGUCAACGUGAGACCGGUUAUCCAGCCGUCGUCUACUUUGGCCGUCAUCACUACCGGAUUUUACACGGCUCCUGACGACGAUGACGAAGAUGAUACCGUGGAGGAGGCGCCAGGAAUUCCUGAACUCACCGAUCCACCAACCGGUACACCCAGUUUGGAGGAAACGCCCAAUUACAUUGAGAAUAAACCUGACAUUGAGUACCAGGUGGGCACCACUCCGUCCGAGAUGACGAGCGACCUCGCGGAACCCAGUAGCCACGAGGAGCCGGUCAUCAUCACCGAUAAUUUCUUUUUCCCACCGUCUGGCGAUGACGAAUACGAGGAAGAGUACGACCAGGAACUACCCGAAAGUACCACGGAACAGAAGAUUAUGGAAGAAAUGGACGGGAGUUCUCCAAAGAGCGGUCAAGAACAACCUGGAGAGACCCUGGUGCCGGUGAUAACGGAAAGGGAUGAAGCUGACACUACUACAGAAAGGAUUCUUCAGGAUGGCGUGACUACUGAAAGGAUUCUUCAGGCUGGCGUGACGACGGAAAGGAUUCUUCAGGAUGGCGUGACGACGGAAAUGAUUCUUCAGGCUGACGCAACGACGGAAAGGAUUCUUCAGGAUGGCGUGACGACGGAAAAGAUUCUUCAGGCUGACGCGACGACGGAAAAGGCUCCCCGGGUGGACGCGACAACGGAAAGUGACGUGGAUCUGGACACGACGAUGAAGGAUUCCGAUGUAUUUUUGACAACUACCUCGCUCGACGAGCCAACUACCGACUCCGAAGUUUUGGAGACAACGACAGAGGAGGAAGAAGCGAAAGAAGUGACCACCGAAAAGGAAGCGACUACCGCGAAGGAAGAAAAAGAUGUUACGACAGAGACAACCGAUUAUCACGACAGGCCGUCAACGGCUGACUAUGUUGAGAGACCCUUCACAAUGGUUCCGGAAAUAAUCCCGGAGGAAUCUGCCAAACCGGAUGACGCUCCAAAGUCCACCCCUGAAGAACAACCCGAAGACGUUGUUUCGUCGACGGUUCCUCAGGAAGGGAGCUCGGAAAUCCCGAUCGCUGACGAUUCGACGACUCCGAAUGGGGUAGAUGAGACAAGUAUGGCGGAUGUCUCAACCCCUGAAGGUAUCGACGACUAUGACCUCCCAAAAACUGAGCCACCUUCCGGCGUGACGUCCAAGGAGGACGACGCAGUCCUGUCCGUCAUCCCCAUCGAGUCCGUCGUCAGCGAAACGGACCGCCUCGUCAAACCUUCCACGACGUUCGAACCGACCGAGAGAAGGUCGGAACCAGCGAUUACCUCGCAUCCUGCGGUGACCAUCUUCCCCGAGGACCUGGAGAACUCCGACAUCCCGUCGGUUAUUCCUCUGGGUGGUGACCCCACGUCGGGCAUCAAACCCAUGACCACUUCUUCAUCUCAAGUGACGACCAAGAUCGCGUCACCUACGCCGGAAGAGAUCGAAGCCGGUCUUGCCGACGACCUGUACCUUUCUCUCUCGCGCCCUGACUUUCCCCAGAUUCUGCCCUCGAAACCGAUCGACGACGUCGACUCCCACCCCCCAAUGUCGGUCCUCUCCACCCCCGAGCUGAGCACCAGCGUUUACUACACGGAGACCGUGGUGACGUCGACGAGACUCAGGACCUACACUUACGUAGUGACGAAACUUAACGGACCCGAAACCGAGGUGACCUCGUCCACCACCGUCAGACCUCGAGUGACGACACUGACGUUGACGGUCCCGGUCACCGUGACAGUCACUCCGACAGCGCAGUCGUCUCUCAACUCCGUUUCACCUGUGCUUUAUCCAGAAUCUGGCGACGAAUCCGCAGUAAAGGAUGAAGAGGAGGGCAGGAGGUUCAACCUGGCGACGAGGGUGAUGUCGAAUGGAGUCGAGGUGAUCGUAGCGGGACCAACGCCGGCCUUGAGGUGGGAAAAUUCAAAUCCUCAGCCGACGUUGACCUUAUCGGACACGGUGGUGAUGUUGCUUCCUCAAGAUAAGCCUAACGAUUUCGUCACGAAAACGUGCAUGACGACGUUUACAUAUCUUAACACGAUUACCAGGGACGGUACCACGAUAGUGUCCACGGACGAGCAGGUGGUUGCCAAUACCGCGACAGAAGAGAGACACAGGAAACCAGGAUCGGAAACUGCAAGAGUCACUUUAGAAGCUUCGCCCACGUUGAGGACCGAAGUGUUCAAAACGACCUACACGUACCUCACCUUGAACACCGAUCAUCCUGACGCCGAUAACGCUCUGGAGAGCAGUAUGAAGGUUAUCACCAAUACCGUGACAGCUCCUCAGCAUUAUCUGGACAUGGUCCUUGAACCGUCCGAAUCCCCGGGACCGGAAACGAACGCUUAUCUGAGCACCAGGAUCUUGCAGAAGACCAUAAUGGAGGAAGGAAGGACCAGGAUAGAAACGACCAGUGAUACGGUUACACAGUUAAUAAUAACGGAAUCGGCUCCACCUCCACGGCCCACAAGUGUUACGACCACUUUGACUGCCUUGGAUAAUACCGAAGUCGCAACAUCCACCGACGUCGUGAUGGAGAAAGUACCUAUGAAGAAGACCGCCACGAAGACCGUCCCAGUGAACCAAACUCCCGAACCGAUCCAGAUAUUCGCCACGAAGACGUACUUCACGACCUACACGUUCUUCACGACUCUUCAGCAGGCCGGCGCAGAUGGGAACACUUCGACGACGAUCUCUUCAAGAUUCCGAAUAGUGGAGAACGUCGUUACCGAGUCGAUUGCUCCGAGUUUGCUGGAUGCUGGGUACAUGAACGCAUUGCUGACCACAGCUCACCAUUCCGACUCGGUGAAGAACGUCGUGACCGGCUCGACAAUCAUCUUCUUUGACGAGAAGGACCAGAUCGAUCCGACCUCGACCUUGAACAGUCAGGAUGUCGCGACUGCUUCGGUCGAGGUGGAGAACAUCGAGAAGAGCCCUGCCGAGAAUACUCACUCGGCUGCCCUGACCAAUUCCACACCAACGAUCAGCAGUUCCGAUGCUCAAACUGGAGAUCAAGCAUCGAGCAACGAGAGUGGAGACGCGACCGUGACCUCGUCGAACGAGUCCACCCAGAACAAGAAGCCAUCCAGUUCUCAGAACGAGGGUGAUCUUCAAGUGAGCAAUCUGCUGAGUCUAGGGUCUUUGGGAAUCAAUGGUCUGUCGGCUCUGGGACCGGUGAUCACCGCCAUGGCUGGUCUGCUCCAGGGGAAGACGUCGGCAUCUCGAAGAAACGAUACGGUGACCAACACCGAGGCUCAGGAAGCUACGACUCCCAGAUCGCCGAUUUACAUCCCGGUCGCGGAAUUCGCUGAUGGGGACAUCGAGACUGCCGAGAGUCAAAAUAUGGCGGCUCACCUGGCGAACCUGAAUCACAAUUACCUCCCAGAGACGAGGCACAAAGUGGCAGCAAGCCUCGCCGAUGGCAUCCCGAUUUCUCCCGGGGAAAUCAUCACUGCGAAUAGUGACGUCAUCAUUGGAAAGCCUGGAAAAAUGGGACCCAGACCUCCGCAAACCUUCCUGAAGGAAGGAGAACACGUCGGCAUGAAACCGCCUCCUCCACCGGUUCCUAACAUUCCAGUCCACCCUGUCCUGGAGGUCCUUCAUGACGACCAAGAGGAUUCUCAGGCUCAGCCGACUACUCAAGUCCACAAGGGACCACACAUCCAAAUAUUACCUGCCCAUCAAGUUUAUGAGGAGCAUGUGAAAAUUCCAGCGACGAUUCCACUUCCUAAGCGUCCUCAAAAACUACAUCCCAUCCAUUCUGCGCCGCCUAAAAGGGCAGGGUCCAAACACGACAUUUUAGAGAACGAUCCGCUUUUGAAACCACCUGGGAGACCCAAUGUGGAGCAGUAUGCAAACCCUAACGUGAACAUCAACGAACCUGAAUGGAGUCCUGAAAAAUACAGGAGACCUUGGAGCGCCAAGGACCCCCUGACACCUCUUGAAUCUUGGUUGGAAAAUAAACCCAAAGUCCCUUCGAGACCUGACGAGACCCCAGCAGAUUCAUCGGUGAAAGUGAAACCUUGGCAAUCUAACAAGGAGCCGAAUCGUCCCAGCUGGGCCCAGAAGGACCCUCUGCUUCCGGACACUAUGAUCGAGACUUCCGAGGCUAAACCUCAGCCUGAUGAACCAAUCGUUCAUCAAGUACCUCACGUGAUCGAUCGAUCAACUGGCCAACCACUGUUGGUGAACAUCCAGCCGAGUCAAGUGGCGAAUGUAGUCAUUCCUCAGGGUGGUACCCAAGCUUUGAUCUUCGGCGACACCAACGAGCCGCACAUCAGCGGACACUAUUUCGACGAUCCGUCUCCAUAUCCGGAAUCUGAAGUCGGUCCAGGGUUCAUACGCGUAGAGAAGGUCGAAGACGCAUCGCAGUACUCUGGUGAGAAGGACCCAGCAGAGUUCCUGGUGCCUCCAUCGCCACCGAUCAACUUCAGACCUCUUCCAGAAAAGCCGGGUUCAUCUCGGCCGAACACCAUUCCCUUGAGUCCUUCCCAGAGCCACUUUGACCAUUUUCGACCCCAGGACAAGGUUGAGCUUUUAGCGACCAGACCUGACAGGAAACCAGAGGUCCACCUGAUCCAACGUCCAGACGGCGCGGAUGCAACCAGUGGUCAAGGACAUGUUCACACAGAAAUUCUGGUGCACCAUCGACCGGAAACCGUGAACAUCCGUCCACAGCCUCCGGCAAGACCUUCCAUCUUGUCCCAUGUCCAUCCACCUAGAAGGGACUACCUUAAACCUCAAAGACCGGGCGAUACUCUGCCACCUAGAAGAACCGAGAUGCACGUUCCCACCGAAGUUCCUCAUCAGUACGUCUUCCUUGGAAAGCCAGCAGACUCCGGCAACGAGGUGACGUUUAACACCAGCUGGAAAACUGACAAGAAACCACCUCGAAUCGCACCAGGCGUUCGUCCAAGACCCUCCGCCAGACCUCGACCUCCCUUCAGAACCACAUCCGGGCCCCAUAGUCACUUGAUUUACAUGGAAAGACCUGGCCACCCAGUUCGGAAACCUCAGUACACGGUACCUCAGAGACCCAAACCUCAGGGGAACUACAUGACAACGAUAUGGUCGGCGCCAAAUCCACAACCUUCUCAGGAACCUCCAAAGAAGCACUUACCAAAUAUUCCCCAGGGUAACGCUGCGCAAGAGCAAUAUGGCCAUCGACCCCAGGUUGAUCUCCAGGACAGACCUCCGAACUUCUACCGAGGGAAGCCAAAGCCCCAGGCUGCGAUUAACGUUUCUGAAAACGACAGAAACGAGGAGCACGUGCCGACUGGAGCUGUAGAGUACCACAAUCCUUCCACCGAUCCAAAGGUGAAACCUGAGGAUACCCAGUACUACCCUCAACUCCCCACCAUUAAGCCCGAGGUCCAGAGUUUCGGGCAACUUCUUCCGCACCCGGACAGAGAUGAAGCCUGGACCUCCAACACUCAGACAGAGCAGCCCUUAAUGGACUCCGAAGCUGGUGAAUCAGAGAACCUGAAAGUGCACAACCCUCUUCAGAAUCAGGGCGGAAAAGAUCAUGAACAGGAUGUAAAUAGUGCACCAACUUCGCAAAUGGAGAACAACAUGACCCAUUCGACGAAGAACCCCUACGGCGCAGUGGGUUCGUUGAACACGGUGGUGGGAAAACCUUUGAACAUCGACCAGGGUAUUACUUAUGGCCAGAAGGACCAAACUUCGAUGAUCCUCAGCCAAGGUGUACCCUUUGGGCAUAAAAAGGACGACACUGCACAAAAUGCGGCAUCUGAUUACCAAGGUGUAAGACCGUACGAGACACCAAUUGUGCAAGGCAAACCGUUUGGUGUUUACAAUGACCACGUGGAUCCAGGAAGACCUUACGGUUAUGGUCAGAAAAUUGGGAGACCCGAUUAUGAAAUAGUGCAGGGGGUUCCUUUCGGUUUCCACGUGAAACAGAACCCACCACAGGAUGAUACGAUAGACCUGAAACCACCUGCUAUCAGCCCCCUGUUUGGGCCAGAACCUGAGAGACCGAAACAGAGACCUUAUCAUAGACCUCACGGAAUAGGCAGACCUGACACCAGGGUUCCUUUGUACUCCAGACCGGAGAUCGUUACGAAACCUCCUAGAAAGUUUGAAGUGACUCGUCCAGACCAACACCGACCAACGGAACAUCCUCAGGUAGGGUCAGGUAUUUAUGGUACCACGGUAAACCAUUUAGGUGGUUUCACAGAAAGACCCGGAGAAGGUCAGCUAGGUGAGGAGCAAACGGUCCAUGAGCAUCCCGACUGGAGCAUUAGGAUCCCAGAAAACGAGAAAAUUAGGCCAUACCAAGAUCAGUCUUACGAACUUGGGAAUCACCACGACUAUUCCCGAAAUCAGACCAGUUCACAUCCCAAUCGCGGGUCCUUUUAUACCGACUUCGGUAAUCCUAAGCCUGGAGCUGAUAUGAAUCGUCCCAUGGUUCGACCAGACCAUGGCAUCGCGACGCAGGUUCAUCCGGAGUAUCCACAUAUUCUGACCAAGCCGAAACCCCAGGUUCCAGGGCCGAUUACAAUUUCAUCGAGGCCAGGUAAACCUCAUGGACAGCCUGUGGAGUCCAACAGACGCCCGAAUAUCCAGUUCUCUCUGCCUGUGGAAGCAACAGGAGAUGAAGAGGACAGCAAAACACAAACAGAAAGACCGCCUAGUAUGCUGGUCACCAAAGGAACUCAGAAACCUAAAUACAAGAACGAGCCUCAGGACACCUAUCAGACCAGCAUUGCGAGCCAAGAUCAGGUGGACGAAGAGACCUCUGAUAUCAGGAAGACUGAGAGCAACCAUCAACUUGGUCCUGAUCAGAGCGAGGCAAUUAGCACUCAGAAACCGAAGGUGCCAUCUCAGAACAUGAUGCCACCACCUGUGAGGCCCGUUCCGAAGGAUCCUUCCAAAAAGUCCGAUGAACAGGAAGGGCUGAAGCCUCCACCCCUGCCUUCGGAUGUCGUAGGACUCUCGCCACCUCCGGUCGCCAUCACGACAACGAAUAGACCGAAAGAUGAUUUCCCAUUUGCCAUUGCAAAUGAAUCGGGACUGCGACCUCCUCCAAAGUACAUCCCGCUAGAAGAGUCCAUUGCCAUCGCGACGCCACCUCCACCAGGCAUCAAUAUGGUCCCACCAAGUCCAAGGCCGACCAUCGUGAAACCCUUCCUGGUUGAAAUAUUGUCUCAGGACAUGGUGCCACCACCUCCGGUACCGGAGACCUCAAGGCCGCCUCAGAUCGCAACCGUGAGACCAGCAGUAGCGGUCUCUGGUUCCAUCCAAAUCGCGACUGCUGUGGCCACCUCGCACAUACCAGUGGUCCAGGACAUGGAAUCCAAGAUUCCGAUCAUCCACGGUACCGUUGAUCUUCCAAUGGUCAUUGAUGUCCCCAGCAUCCUUAGACCUGUGGAGACAAGGAAACCAGAGCACGUCAGCAUCUACACCGUGCGACCGUUUGAAACAAGGCAGGUGUCCAGAGUGUCCGUUCAGCCAACUGCGAUCCUGACGACAAACUUGAUCAUGCCAACGAGGUUGCGACCGCUUCAAACGGACCACGUCGAGCCUAGCAGAUCAGUCCCAUCGAUUUCUUCCCAUAACGGGGACCCGACUAAAUUACCUUCUCCAGAGGUGGUCAGGAAACCGACGAAGAGGCCUGAUCGUCCAGUCUUCAUCGAGUCUAGCCAAGAGAUUACGGUCACGCCUUCUCGAGUAGAGCCUACCGAGUCACUGACGCACAUAGUAGACACCGUCAAAACGAAGGACCAGAAGAUGACCCUGAAAACGGACGAGACUACCAAGGUCCACCGACAGCAGGUCACGGAGUUCUCGACGAGCCCUACAAAAUUAGAUCAGGCAGAAGACACCCCGACGAUAGUGACGAGAGUGGACAGCUCCAUAUCGAAGGUGACCAACACCUUGAAGCCGGAGAGAAAGGAUUCCGUCUUGCCCAGCAUCCAGGUGGACAAGGACAUCGCAGGACCCAUCAUCUCGAACACCUCGAAGAAUGCCUCCGCGACAACCCUGACGACGAUGCCGAAGGUUACGAGGAUGUCGACUGUAACCAGAACGGAGACGUCCAUCCUUGGGUCGCCUCCGACGACGAGAACUCUCCUGCUGACCCAUACCUACACCACGACGACAGUGGAGAUAAUAACCGAAACUUUGCGUCCUACCAGCGUUGUAUCAACGGUGACCUCGACGAUCGUGACUUCCGUAACGAGGGUUCCACCAAGCUAUGAGAACACGGUCGAUAACGACUCCAUCUUCGUUGUGAUGAGCGAUCAGAAGCCUCCAGAACCUGGCGCCGAAGAGGUCGAGGCAGAGUACGGGGAAGAAGAGGCCUCCAGAGACGAGCAGGACCCAGGUGGCAACGAGGUGCACAGAGUGCUCGCAGGUGGAAUCCUGGGGGCUCCCGUGGUUCCUCUUCAGCCGGUGAUCAACCAUUGCGUGCCAGAGUGUCGAGCAUCGAAGUCGGAAGUAUGUGCCGAAGUUGGAUCAGAGAUGAGAUGCGUGUGUCGUCCAGGAUUCGCGAGGAUGUUCCCGGACCGUCCCUGCAAACCAACCUACACGUACACCCUACGAGUGGGUCUGGAGAGGAUUGCAAGGGAUCCGAUCGCCAACGAGAUUUCCUUGAACGAUUCCACGUCUGCAGCGUACAAGCGUCUGACAGGACCCGUCAAGGAUGCUCUGGACAGGACCCUGAUGCAAAGUGAUCUAAGGGACCUGUACAGAGGAUUAAACAUCGCUGGAUUCAAUCCGAGCCCUGCCACUGUCGAUUUCCACCUUCAGCUCAGCGAAAACGCCAAUGAGACCAGACUGAAGGAGGUUCUUCGGAAAUAUCUGGUCAGCAGCAACUUCAGUCUUGGUGGCACCGAGGUCUUUGCCUCGAAAGACCUCGACCUGAUCGAUGCCCGGGAUUUCGACGAGUGCUCCACCGAGGAGGGGGGACCUCACCACGACUGCUCUCCAAAUGCAGCUUGCUUCAACAUCCGAGGGUCUUAUCAAUGUUCCUGCAGGGAAGGUUGGGCAGACCUCUCGGAGAACCCGGCAUAUCCUGGCAGGGUCUGCUCGCAAGCUCCUCUAGGAUGCGCCGGAUGCAACAACAAGGGCCACUGUGUCACCAACACAAAUGGCCAAGAGGUCUGCGAGUGUUUCCCCUGGCACAGUGGUCAGCGCUGCCAGGUGAACCUGAAAGUGUUGCUGAUAGCUCUGGUGACCACGGGAGCGAUCCUGCUGAGUCUGCUGAUGGUGUGCGUGGGUAUGGCCUGCUUCCGUCGACCUGGAAGAAGGUCAGGAGACAGGCGAGCGAUGAUCCCGGGGACAGGUGGGGACACCAGCAGCGAGGGCAGCGUGACGGACCUGGCGAUUCCACACCACGUUCCGCACGUUCUGCCGCCACCGCCGCAGAUGAUCGCCCCGGCGCCGCCCCUGAAGAGGCCCGUGAGGAAGAUCAGCGGCAAGCCCAGACACCCAGCCAGGAAACCCAGCGCACCCACGCCCAUUCCCAUGAACGACGAGCAGCGGGACCGAUCGUUGACCGUGAUGAUCCCGCGCGCCAAGUAUCGCUCGGCCCCGCAAUCGCCGCAGAACUACAAGCCGGUAAUGAGCACCUUCGCGGCGGACGAGCAUAAGUUGAUCAGCUACUUGGAAAGCGGUUCUCAUCCCCGGAACAGGAGGGCCAGCGUGGCCAGCAUCAAGGACUACAAGGAGCCGGAUCUCCAAGUCGUCAGGACUCCUGUCGCGCCCAGCGGAGCGCUCGUCAGCGCCGGCUUCCAGGUGUCCGCAACCGUGGUAAGAACUGCCGAUGCGGAGUCGACGCUGGCUCGUUCCUGUGGCGAAACCACGGUGGAGCCCUCGACGAAGAUCCUGAGGAGCGGCGACCUUUCCGGCGAUUUGGGCUCCACUUUGGCACGAUCCUGCGGCGAGACCACCAUUCAGACCCCCACGAAAAUCCUGCGCCUGGACCUCGCCGAGGACGGUUCCACUCUGGCGAGGUCCUGCGGGGAAACGACCAUCCAACCACCCACCAAAGUGGCCGUCACCGGCAGGAGCAGCCUCAAGGAUUCCAGGGACAACAGGGACAACAGGGACAAUGCCAGCGAUGGACACACCAUGGCCGAAAGGGAUCUGGGCAGCACCCUGCGACUUCCGGCCCAGCAUCCACCGCUUUACAACCCCGACAGGACCAGCGACAGGGAAUCGAACUUCGACUCGCUGUAG